AUGAAUAAUUCUGAAAAUACACCCCAUUAUUAUUAUCAAAGAUCUGUCCAGUUGGAACAAGAGUUAAGAAAGAUUGAACUGGAGUAUAUAAAGUUGAAAAAUGAAAAUUUAAGACAUAAAGAGAUACUUCAAUCCCAAAUAGACGAUUUGCAGAACUGCAAACGCAAAAAUGAAUGUGCACUACUUGAAUUAGAGCAGUAUAGACAAAUUUGUAGAGCUGGAGUUGCUAUAGUCUGUAGAAUAUGUGGCAGUGUUGUUCAAACAAGUGAAGUUAUGGAGCAUUUUGUAGAGAAUCAUAAUAAAGAUCCGGAUAUGCUCAAUAUAUCAGAUAAAAAUGAUCUAGAAACCUUUGGAAGUAAAUGCUUUGAGUAUAUAAUGAAAGAUUAUAAAGAAUCAGAAUAUUAUGAUAUAAAAUUGAGUAUUUCAAAACCUUACUUUGUGAGUUUGACUAUCAGCAAUCACUUGGAUAAUAAAGAAAUACACAGUGAAUAUUAUUUAGAUGAAAUAUUCCUAUUGUAUAAGCAGGUAAGCUUAUAA